AUGUCAUCUCAACCGCUCACAGCGCAAAAGUGCGAGCCAUGCACCAAGGACCUUCCAGCAAUGUCGCAGGACGAGGCGCGGAAGCUGCUCUCAGAUCUCGCUGGAAAGUGGUCGCUAUCGCCGCAGCCGAAGACGCUGCUUUCGUCUAAAGCAACUCACCCCGACGCCUUGCAUCGGACGUACAAGUUCAAGGACUUCACUUCGGCGCAGGCUUUCGCGAACGAUCUCGGUGCGCUAGCGGAACGAGAAGGGCAUCAUCCCGCCAUCAUGGUCGAGUGGGGCCGCGUGACCGUGUGGUGGUGGAGUCAUGCUAUCAACGGGCUUCACAAGAACGACUUUGUCAUGGCAGCCAAGACGGAAGAGCUGGUGCAUCAAGCAGAGGGAUACACACCUCCAAAGCCCAAGGCUUGA